AUGUCCAGUUUAGCUGAAUCACCUUCUUCAUCCCUCAUGUCGCAUCGACCUACAUCAAUGAUUUCUCGACCAGGAUCACCAUUAUCUGUUCAUUCACGUUCCACAUCACCAUUCCCAUAUGCAACUCACACCGGCAAAUCUAAAUCAAUCUCAUCACUUCCUCCACAAUCCAUCCAUCGAUUCACUUCAUCUACCAACUCAAUCAUCUUCCCUCAAGCAGGACCAUCAAAUUACAAUCACAGUCUUACCGAAGUAACCUCAAGGUCAUCUUCGUCUUCGUUAUCAAGAAGUUCAUCGCUGAAACAUCGCUCCAAAUCACCCCGUAAAGCGACGUCGACUUUAUCGAGAAGUUCCUCAGUCAGAUCAAAAGCUACUUCACCAAGUAGAUUACCGUCGACUGACAGCGUAUCUUAUUUCCCUCCUUUCGAAGAUAUGGGAAGUCACGAACAGCCAAUAUCACAAGAUGGGCAGAAUGAUGCAAGGUCAAAUCAUCAACGCGCACACAGACAAGAAGGGAAAGGACAUGCUAAAGGAAGAAGCUUAAAUUCUAUUGCCGGUAUCAUGUCAGCUUCCUUGAGUUGGAGUUUGUCUUCUUUAGCUUGUACUUCACCACCCUUACCUUCUAGCUCAGAUACAGAUGGAAAGGUGCUUGAGGAACUAAGUAGCAAGUUCACACCCGGGAAAAGAAGAGUAUUGGAACCUUUCAGUGUAGCGACAAUAGACCUAUCUAAGGAGGAACGAUCAAGCUCGAUCACGAAACAAAAACAGCAUAAGAGAAGAAUGAAGUCGGAAAUAGAAGUGGAUAUCGUUUUAGCAACAAGUAAUUCGAAUCGGAGAGUAGAGAGUAUACGAGGCAGAAAGAGGGUUGACGAGGAAGAUUUAGUGGAUAACCUAUUGAUCGAAACACCAUCGAGACCUCAAUUGUCCACACGACGUACACGACCUAAUCUUCGUUUGCCCAUACCUUCUUUACCCAAUUGGAGAUUCCCACUGGGACCUUCACCACCUGUUACGUGUCUAUCACCUGAUAUACCUCUCGAAGCAUUCUCAACUGCAAUCGAUAAUCCGUGUCUAUCAACUCCAUCUAGAAUGCCAUCACCUUUAAAGUCGCCAAAUACGUUUGGAAUUGAGGAAGAUGUAGAAGCUGUUGAUGUUGGAUUAUCACCUUCUCCAUCACCUACUAGUCCUUGCUCAUUCGAGAACCAACUUUCUACUCCUCCAAAGGGGGAUCAUAAUCUGAAUAUACAUGUAGAGGGGUUAUCUCCCUCAUGGAGGGAGAAAGUAGAGUCGGAUCUUGGUUUAAGGAGGAUAGGAAGUAGAACAAGUGAGAUGAGUUGUGAGACUAUCAAACAAGAUUGGUUGGAUGUUACUCCUAAACCGAAUAAGAUCGUUAAGAGAGCUGUUUUAUAG